GAGCUGGAAAAGUGAAGGUAUUCGUGCGGUGCGUGUCAAUGAGAGCCUGCUGCAACCUCUUGAUGUGAAGAUCGACCCCGAAAUCCAGCACAUCUGAAAGCAGGAGAGAGAGCAAAUGAAGAGCCUCAAUAAUCAGUUUGCCUCUUUGAUUGACAAGGUACAGCAUCUGGAGCAGCAGAACAGAGUCUUGGCCACCAAAUGGGACCUACUCCAAAAGCAGUUCCUGCCAUCCCAGGAGAACAUCAAGCAUGUCUUCAACAACUUCAUUUGCAGCCUGCAGAGGCGGCUGCACUCGCUGCUGCACGAGAGGGGACAGAUGGAGCCUGAGCUGAACGACACGGAGAAGCUCGUUGAAGAGUUCAGAUGCAAAUACAAGCAGGAAGUGAACAGACACACAGCUGCCGAGAACGAGUUUGUGUUACUGAAGAAGGAUGUGGACUGUGUCUAUCUGGCCAAGGCAAAGCUGGAAGCAAAGAUGGAAACACUAAAGCAGGAGAUAGAGUUCCAGAAAUGUGUUUCUGCUCAGGAAAUCGCUGAGCUGGAGAGAACUACCCAUGACACCUCUGUCGUCGUGAAAAUGGACAACAGCCGAGGCCUGGAGAUGGAGAGCAUCCUCAGGAGCGUUGAGUGCUGGUAUGAGGACAUGGCUAAGAAAAGCAAGGCAGAGCUGGAUGCGUUGUGCAGAACUAGGUAUCAAGAGCUUGAGGAGGCAAAGGGGAGACGUUGCAGCGAACUGAAGUCCCACCAGCAAGAGAUUGAAGAGCUGAGUUCUGUGAUCCAAAGAAGGCAGUGUGACCUUGCAAAUAUGAAGAAGCAGAUGUCCUCUCUGCAAACAUCAGUUUGUGAUACUGAGCAGCGUGGGGACUGUGCCCUCAAAGAUGCCCGGGAGAAGCACGUUGAGCUGCAGAAUGCCCUCCAGAAGGCCAAGGAUGAGCUGGCUUGCAUGCUGCGGGAUUACCAGGAGCUGCUGAACGUCAAACUGGCACUGGAUAUUGAGAUUGCAACAUAUAAGACUCUACUGGAGGGUGAAGAGAGCAGGUAG